CGGAGGGACUGCUGCCCUCAGAAGGCGAGGAAAGUCUGGAACCUGCGGCAGCGGUGCUUACUUCUCUCCCAGCCGGUGUUGAGCGCUCUCUUCUGCGGGUGAGAGGCUGUACGAUCCUCGGCAGUGAUCUGAGACUGUACGCCCCCCGAUUAUCCACCACCUGUGGCCCCCCAGCCUGGAAGCACAGCCCCCUGCUGCAUGCCAGGAUCCUCAGGGUCCUCCUGUUCUGCGCACUGGGCCGCACUGUUUUCCUUUUUUUUGCGUUUUGCAUUUUUUAAAUAGAAAACAAGCUUUUGUUACUCUAAAGUUGGACUUAACUCAGACUGUCGGACUUACAAGACUGAGAUUAAACCAUGGCGGCUGACAAGGAGAAAAAGAGGAGCAGCUCAGAGCGGCGUAAGGAAAAGUCCCGCGAUGCGGCUCGCUGCAGAAGGAGCAAGGAGACGGAGGUGUUCUACGAGCUGGCCCACCAGCUGCCCUUACCACACAGCGUCAGCGCUCACCUGGACAAGGCCUCCAUCAUGAGGCUGGCCAUCAGCUUCCUGCGCACACGCAAACUGCUCGCCACAACCAUGAACACACACGCAGAGACACAAGAAGGCUGCGGCAGCUGUAACCAAGCCGAGGAUGGACUCAUGGACAACCUGUACCUGAAAUCUCUGGAGGGCUUUGUCACCGUGGUAACAUCAGAUGGAGACAUGAUCUUCCUGUCUGAGAACAUCAACAAAUUCAUGGGCCUCACGCAGGUGGAACUCACAGGUCACAGCAUCUUUGACUUCACACACCCAUGUGACCACGAAGAGAUCAAAGAAAACCUCAGCCUGAAGUCUGCAGGGAGCCUCCAUAAGAAAAGCAAAGACCUGAGCACAGAGCGAGACUUCUUCAUGAGGAUGAAAUGCACAGUGACCAACAGAGGGCGCACUGUUAACCUCAAGUCAGCAAGCUGGAAGGUGCUGCACUGCACCGGCCACCUGAAGAUGUACGACGGCUGCCCGUCACGAGUCCUCUGUGGCUACAAGGAGCCUCCGCUCACCUGUGCUGUCCUGAUGUGCGAACCCAUCCCGCACCCGUCCAACAUUGAUGCCCCGCUGGACAGCAGGACGUUCCUGAGCCGACACAGCAUGGACAUGAAGUUCACCUACUGCGAUAACAAAGUGACAGAGUUGAUGGGUUACUCCCCUGAGGACCUGCUGGGUCGAUCGGUCUACGAGUUCUACCACGCCCUGGACUCAGACAGCGUCACUAAGAGCCACCACAACUUGUGCACCAAGGGCCAGGCAGUGAGCGGUCAGUAUCGCAUGCUGGCGAAGAACGGAGGCUAUGUCUGGGUGGAGACUCAGGGAACUGUCAUUUACAACAGCCGCAACUCUCAGCCCCAGUGCAUUGUUUGCAUCAACUACGUCCUGAGCGACGUGGAGGAGAAGUCAGUGAUUUUCUCCCUGGAGCAGACGGAGGCCAUGUUCAAGCCACCUCACAUGAGCAGCUUCUUCACCGCCGAAGGAGCAGGCAUGACUGCAGAGGGAAGAGACUCCCUUUUCACCUCCUUCAAAGAGGAGCCAGACGACCUGGCUCAGCUCGCUCCGACACCUGGAGACACCAUCAUUUCCCUUGACUUUGGUCGUCCUGAGUUUGAGGAAUCCCAGCAGCCAGCACCAUUCCCCUCAGUGUCUUCUUCAUCCAUGCCACCUCCUGGAUCUUCAUCUUGGACAGGCGAGAGCCAGAAACCAGCUCCUGCUGCCGCUGCAGCCCAGACUCCAGCUUCAGUUCCAGGCGACAUGCCUUUAAGGGCUGGUGCUUUCACCAUGCAGCAGAAGCCUCCACCUGGAAGCGCUACUCCGAGCCUCAGCAGCUGCUCCACGCCUAGCAGCCCAGGUGAUUACUACAGCUCAGUGGAGAGCGACCUGAGGGUAGAGCUCACCGAGAAGCUGUUUGCUCUGGAGACUGACGGGAACGACAGGGCUGCACACAAAGAGGAGGACUUAAGUGACCUGGAUUUGGAAACCCUGGCCCCUUACAUCCCAAUGGACGGUGAAGACUUUCAGCUGAAUCCCAUCAUCCCAGAGUCAGAACCUCUGGAAGGGGCUGGAGCAGGAUCCAUGGGGAGCAUGAGCAACCUAACCAUCCAUCAGAGCUGCAACAAUGUGGCCAGCCUCUUCCAGCCACUGACCUCUCUUCCUCAGCCUCAGAACGGCUACCAGCAGCAACCACAAGCGGCAUGGGCCAGCGGUGAGAGAAGAGGCUCCAACCUGGGCUCUGUGGAGUCCCAGCAGAGGUCAUGCAUGAUGCGCCCCAUUCACAACCCAGCUUUCCGAGGCCCGGCCAGCACACCACUGUCUUCCAUGCAGUGGCCUCCUGACCCAAUAAUAACCUACCAACAAUGGCCGCUGAAGGCCUGUCUGAUGGACAAUCUGUCUGGGGAAGAACGCCCCUCAUGCCAGCAGAACAUGUCACUUCUAAUGCAUAAACAAAGGUCUGUUGACAAUUUUGUGCAAGCGUACAAAGACGUUAGUCCGGCUACAGUUGCCAUGAGUAACAGCAUGAAGCGCUCCUUCAACCAGAUGGCUCUGGGUGAUAAAAAGCUGACAAACAUUGUAUGGAAGAAGAUGAGGGGUGACGGCUGUAUGGAUCGCUCCCUGAGUGCAGGAUCCCUCACAGAGUCAGGGAUGAUGGGGCGCAUGAUGCCGAGAAACGGACCCCUCUUUCCCAGCCCUCUACACCAACACAGGACGUCUCAGUAUCCUGGGGAUGGGAUCAGGCGCCCCGAUGACAAACCUUUUCCCCGAAAGAGCUGCAGCUUCACAGAUUAUAACAUGUGUGCUUCUAACAAGACUGAAGGUAUAGCGAGCCGUUUGCUUGGCCCUUCUUUCGAACCCUCCUGUUUACCCCAGCUGACCCGUUAUGACUGCGAGGUCAACGUCCCGCUGCAGGGGAACCUCCAUCUCCUCCAGGGAUGUGACCUGCUCCAAGCCCUUGACCAGUGCAUCUAAACUCCAUAUGUCUGGACUUCGGCCCUAAGCCUCAACCUGCAGCCCAUGACUAAGUCUUUCUUUGCCUCUGGACCAAAUCCUGGAGGCUAGACCACCUGUAGACGGCGGAUUUAGUGAACACUUACUGCCUUACACAGUCCCUCUCCCUUCUUCCCUCUAAACAUGCAGAAAAAUACAGAGUUCAAGCCACAUACAGAGUUGAAUCAUUCUUCAGCCUAAAGCAGAUGUAGGCUGGGUGGAGGAGUGACCCCCGUACAUUGCAUCAGUUUGAAAUGGGUCGCUGGGGAAUGAAAGGUCAAUGCUGGGUAUUUAUGGGGUUAUAUAAUGUUACUCUCACUUUGUGUAUUAACGAGUUCUGACGGCAUGUAUGGAAUCACAUGGGUUGCAUUUAAAAGGUCGCGGAGGGAUGCAGUCGUUCCACUCCCAGGAUACCCCUCUAUCCUCUACCUAAAUCAUGUAGCUUUCAGGUGAACUUACACUACAUACACACUAGCAGAGACACUGUUCUCCUUCCUUUUUUUCUUUUUUUUUGACUAACUUGAGCCUUUUUCUACAUGCAUUCAGAAACUCAUUUGCUUGCAUCUUUCUUUCUGAAUCAGUUCUGCGGAGUUAUAGCUUUAGAUAUCCCACUAUAUAUUUUUCCUCAGUUUUCAUCAAUCUGUUGUGAGAUGAUUCCUUCAGCAUUUAUUCGCCAAACUGAAUAUCCUCAUUGAACUGAUGCAACACUGCCGCAUUAACACUGCCUUCUUGUGUUCUUGUAUAUGUGCUUCUUUUCAAAUAGCAGUAAAACACACCUAGUACACGUACUUCUUUUUAAAAUCUGAUCAUUUUGAAUGUGUCUGUGUGAGAACAGGGUAUUUUGUGUUUGUUUGUUAUUGUGACAUCAAUUCAACAAAUUCACCAGUUGCACAGAAGAGUUUGACUUGCACAAGGUUCAUAGGACGCAUCAAAGCAGUGGUGUGCACAGAUGACCGGGAGGAAAAGCCUGAAAAAUGUGUUCAGAUUUGCGGUUAUUUAUAUAUUGAUGGUUUUAGAAUGAUGAAAUUCGUGUGGUUUACUGUCACUAAAGAUUUUCUGCAUUUCCAGACAUUUUUAGCAGAAAGUGAUGAAUAGGAGAUUUGAUGCCAGUGUCCAAUUUGUGUAAAAAAUGUUAAGCUUGCUGCUCUAAUGUAGUUUAUUCAAAGAUUUUUCUCUUUUUUUUUUUUUUUUUUUUUUUAGAAUUACAUUAUUUAAUUAUUUGGGUAAUAUAAGCAUAAUCAGAAAGUUUAGUUUUCUUAUGCAAACUAAAAUUCACGAUGAUGAAGCUUCAUUAAGCACCAUGUAAUAGUGAUUAGCUAAUACACUUCGCAUCGUUUAUAUAUCAGUCUUGGACUGCUUAUCCUCAGGUUUUUCAAAAGGAUACCAACAGCUUCUUAUCCAGCUUGUACCAUAGCGGACAGACGUUAAAGAAAUCUGCAUUGAUGCAAAAAAAGUAAAGAUAUUAGAUGAAAUAAUGCAAACAAUUAUUUAGAUUUUUUGUUUUGUUAGCUUUUUUUAUUAAUGUAAAACAUAAAGUGUAACAUAAAAUGACCGAUUAUUACAGUUGGAUGUUUUAUGUUUAACUUGUUUUGCCCCAAACCCUAAGAUUUACUUAACAACCGCAGAGAGAAACAUGAAAGAAAUACUGGAAACGAAGUAUUCUCCUUAUACAUAAGGAGUACUUUUCCAGGACAGUAAAAGUGUUGUUCUUUAUUUAGAAAUAUUGAAAAGAAUGAAAGGAGUAGAAAUAAUGACCUGGAAUGGGAGAAAGUGCGGUUUGCAACACUGGAAGAGGUUUAAAUGAGAGGAAUGUAUGAAUGGAAGCUAAUUUAAGGGUAUUUCUGACAAUCACGGGAAGCUCAGGUUAAUCAGAUGGCGCUUGGAAGGAUUAAAACGGCAUUUUGCUGAUCAGGAGGGAACUUAAACCAUGUAGAAACUUUAGAGGGUUUUAUGGGUUUGGCAGAGACAAAAAACCCAGCAGCUAAUGAUGGAAGUCAUGUAACCUCAGUGGUCCCCUUUAGAGAAUGGAGGUCAGCCCCAUGACUCCUGUGCUCACCACUGCACAUACCAGACACAGGAAGAACAGGCCACAGCAGAAAGUCACACAUUUUUAUACUCAAUGUGGAUGUUUGUAAAAGUGCAACAACCACAAUCUCUGUGCAUUACCCUGUGAAAGCAGGUUUAUAUAUUUUAGUAAUAGGAUAAGGCCAGUUUCUGUCUUCUAUUACCAGCCAACACCAGAGAGCUUUGUUACAGAACAUUAUUGAGAGCUAUAUGUUCAUUUCUACCCAGAUGAUGUCAGGGUGCCUUCAGUGAAACAUGUUUCUUUCCUUUAUUUGUGUUUUUCUUCAUCUGACUGUUCUGAGGUCUUUCUGUAGUGACUACUUUUGAACUAUAGAUCUUUGUACACAUACACGUUAUGUAUUUAAAAACGGAGCUAAUGUUGAACAUAGUGUUUAAUGUGUCCUGGUACUUUGUCCUCAGUCGCCCUUCCUUCCAUAGAUGCUGUGUAGGUAAGAACUCUGGCUAUGCCGUUUCCUCUCGUCCCGUUUCCGUGUCGUGGUGCCCCCCCCUCCCCCGUUUGACCCACCCAGUUGUUUCUUUCUUCUCUUUUAUGUGCAAAUAUCUGUUCAAUCUGUUGGUUGGCCAGUACUGUUGUUGUUCUUACUUUGACACACAAAAAAAUAAGAAACAUCACAGCAAAACAUGACUUUCCUAACUUUCACUUUUCAGAUAUGUAGCAUUUUAAAUAAAUAAGGAAAGUGAGGUUGCCACAUAAUCGCAUCAUUUUCAAGUUGCAUUAUAUAAAAGCAAUGGUGCUUCGUAGAUCAUGUAUGUGUCAUUUUUUUUUAUUUCAUUGCAUAUCUUGGAUCCACUAACACUGUAUUUUUUAAUGUGUUCUGCCUUACUGUAUUUUAAAUAAGUAAGGCAGAACACAUAACGGACAGAUGUCUAUUACAUCUGAUGAAAUUCGUAAUAAUCUGUAAUCUCCUUCAACAGAGGACACAAGACGUCUCUAUUUUAACUCACCUGUUGUUGUUUUUUUAUUAUUUGAAUCCAUACAAUGUGCCUUAUUGUGACAUGAUGUACUGAUUUCACCCUUCAAGUGCACAGUUUCCCUCCAAAAUAUGGACUGAAUCCUUCAGCUUGUUAAUUUAUAAAGAAAAUUAUUGAAUUUAUUGUAAGUAAUCUGCUUCAACAGAGGCCAAAUCAUCCCAUUGGCUUGUAGCUUUAAUUUAAAAUAGAUUUAGUUUUGUGAUUGUUUUUCUUAUUAGCAAAGGCAGUUUGUUACUAUGAGGUAAUAACUUAGGUUUUUUGAAAUUACAAGAAUUCACAUUAAAGAUGUCUGUAAAGUUACUGGCUGAGCAGGUAGACUCAUUUCAGAUUAUAGUUGUUACCUAAUAAGUACUAUAACAGAUAAAAAUGUGUUAUAUUCACUUAAUAUGCUGUUGAGAGCUAACUCUAAAACUCAGUGGGUAAUAAAUAUAUAUUUUUUAUGUCAUUUUACGCAUCAGAAUAAAAAAAAAAACCUAAAAAAGCAGGAUAUUAUUAUAAAAUUUUACAAACAAUAUGUUCUAUCCAUCCAUCCAUUUUCUU